GAUCAGUUGAGACUGAAAGCCCCUGCCUUGACUUCUGAUAAAUGACAGAAGGCCUGAGAAACAAGUUGUGAUCAUUUGAUAAAUUCAGGAAAGAAAACACUGAAGAAACACUUUUUCAAGUUUUUUAAAAAAUACUGAUCCUCUGCUUUGGAUGGAUUACAAUUUAGAGGACAUCAAGUCUGGCUUAAAAUUCUUCUGGGAAGAAGUCUUUGGUGUUUCAUCAUGAAAUGCUGCAGAGUUUUUGUAGCUGCUUGGUUGUCUAUGCCCAACAUUUCAAUAUUCAGUAAAUCAUGAAGUCCACACUGAGGCUUUCUGUUAUGUUUAUGUCUUUCUGUUUGUUCAAAUCAGAGACAUGUACAGUUCGGGAUGAAGAAGUGUACAAUGCUGGCCUGGAAACUGUCAUAGUGGGACAACCUGUUGGGAUUGAUUGUUAUUUGGACAAAAUACUUCAUCUUAAUCAGACGACCUAUAGUUUGAAGUGGUAUAGAAAUGGAAGUGAAGUGCCCAUCACUAAUAAAACAGAUUCAAGAAUACAUCAACAUGAUAACAUGCUCUGGUUUCUUUCUGCAAUUUUUCAAGAUUCUGGAUUCUACACAUGUAUUCUACGAGAGUCGGCAAGAUGUUACAAAAGUGUUGUGAGGGUCGCAGUUUUCAAUAACAGCGACGGCCAAUGUUUUCAUGAUGAACUCUUCUAUGAGCAAGAGAUACCAAUAGGAUCAAAUGCAAAGAUUGUGUGUCCUGCCUUGGGCAAUUUUAAAGAAGAUAUGAAUGCUUUGUCAGUUCAUUGGUAUAAGGAAUGUAAGCAGCUGGAUGGGCAACGAUAUGUCUUCUAUGGCGAGGAUUUUAUAAUAAACAAUGUGAAUUCAAAUGAUUCUGGAAAGUACCAAUGCAAAGCCACAUACACUUAUGAGGGGAAUAAAUAUAACAUUUCAAGAAGCAUUUUUGUAAUCGCUGUAGCGAGUCCAGAGAAAAAGAGAACUGAGAUUCUGUACCCAAGAAACAAUACGAUUGAAGCUGAACUUGGAUCCAAUGUGUUUGUAGAAUGCAAUGUAUCAACUUUCAGAGACAAUUUUAUUUCUAUAUCUUGGAAGGUCAAUAAAACUCUUGUUGAUAUACUGUAUGAAGGUAGAAUUAAAGAAGGCUAUCAGAAAGAUUUUCGCACAGAAGGAGGAGAGCUUUCCGUAGUGUCUCUGAACAUCACAGAACUGAAACGUGAUGAUUAUGGCGAGCAGUUUGUCUGCUAUGCUGGAGAAGUAGCAGCUUACAUCACAGUGCAAGCACCAACUAGACAUUAUAUUGGAUACUUGGUUGGAAGUCUUGCUGCACUGGUAUUCGUUAUAGCUCUUCUUGUAUUAAUCUACUUGUUGUUCAAGAUUGACAUCAUACUUUGGUACCGAAAGUCAUGUCAUCCAUUUCUUCAUAAAAAAGUUGCAGAUGGGAAGAUCUACGAUGCAUAUGUGUUGUAUCCAAAAACCCACAACCCAGAUUGCUUUGUACUGAAAGUACUUCCUGAGGUUCUGGAGAAAAAGUGUGGAUAUACUCUAUUUAUAUGGGGUAGAGAUGAAUUACCAGGAAAAGCUCUGGUCAGUGUUAUUGAUGAAACUAUUAAGCAAAGCAGAAGGUUGAUAAUCAUUUUAAAGUCAGGAUCACCAAGCUACAAAUUAUUAGAAGAGGCUCCUGAGCAACAGAUAGCUGUAUACAAUGCUCUUGUUCAUGACGGGAUGAAGGUAAUCUUGAUUGAAUUGGAUAAAAUCAAGGAUUACAGUAACAUGCCAGAAUCCAUUCAAUACAUUAAACAAAAACAUGGAGCCAUCCAGUGGAAAGGGGACCUCACAGAGAGACAAUCUUAUUCUCCAAGUACCAAAUUCUGGAAAAAAGUUAGGUAUCGAAUGCCACCAGGACAUCAGAUUUUCUCAGAAUUACCUUUGGUGGAAACAUCGCUCAACACAUGUCAAACAAUAGGAAGAUGAUUUUUGUGUUUUGAUGGAUGCCCUUUGGACACCAGAAAAUGGACUUUCAUGUUUUUGCAUUUGCUAAAUGUACUUAUACAUAAUUAGUAUUCUCAUGUACAUAAGCACUGUAAGUUAUUUUAAAAUGAAAAUAAACCUGAAAGAACACAUUUUAUAAAGGUGUAUUGAACAGGAUUUUUUAAAAUUCCCAUGCUGUUCCUUAGUAAGAGACCAUGUAAAUAAUGGCUAUAAUCAAACAGAAUGUCCAUACAAGAGCCAGGGCUGCCCAUGCACAGACUGAACAAAGUUGAGACCUUGCUGCUUAGUGGUUUGGUGAACCCGGUCUCCAACUUCCCUUCCAAAACGAUAGACAACAAGGCUUAGCUUUAAAGGGCAACAUACUUGCUCCACAGGCUGCUCCAUACAUAUAUUCAGAAAAGUUAGCCGUGUUAGUCUGUAGUAACAAAAUAGUAAAGAGUCCAGUGUCACCUUUAAGCUUAUGCUACAGUAAAGUUGGUUAGUCUUAAAGGUGCUACUGGACUUUUUACUAUUUUCAUACAUAUAUUGUUAGACUGAAACCAUUAUAUAACUGUUGGAUCAAUCGUGAGAAUUAUACAUAGAAUACCUGUUUACAACAACUCUCAAACCAAUUCAAGGGAUGUCUAUGGAAGCCUACUUUUGUGUGUAUGUGUAGGCCCCUGAUGGAUUGGUGCAAUUGUAACUUUAUAUUUAUUAAAUAUAAUCUUGAAAAUA